AUUCCUGAGAGAUGCAGGCCACUGCAGUGGUGAAGACGGCUGCUGGUAAAGGCUACCACACUGAUGGAGGAAACGCCCAGAAAGAUGAGCCUGCUCGUCCUCAGAGAGGGUAUUUGUUGCUGUCUCCCAAUGGUAGUAAAGAAGCCCAGCUGACACUUCUCGACGACUGGGACCCCUUAGCAUUAGGCAAAAGCGCUAAUGACAACGAAAUCAGCAGUGUUGGCAAAAUAGAUUUAUUGGCACCGUCUUUAACUGUGAGUCCGGAUACUGACGUAGAGAGGGCUCACUCGAAGUCAAGUGAGUUUGAAGAUAGUACUGACUAUGCUGUCUUGAGUGAAACAUACUCAAUACAUUAUUCAGAGUCAAAACUGCAGAAAAGGCUCAUUCCUUUAAAUUCAGAGUUAGACUCUGAAUUGCAAAAAAAAGAGGAGAUGUUUUUUGAUAUUCUGGAACAUCAAGGAAAUAAGGCUAUUGACUUGGAAAGAAUCUACAAGAAUUCAGAUGAUGAUUAUAACGAAACUACUGAAGAGAUGCUAAAGCAUGAUGCAGAUGGAGACUCGCAGCAGGAGUAUCACAGCGCAGAAGAGCAAGAGUAUAUAAGUAACCAUUUAUAUUUUGACCAAACAGAGACAUUAAACAUAUCUAAUCUGGAAGUUUGGGCAUUAAGAAAUCCAAGCAAUCGAGAAGAAAAUCAUGUUAAAUUGCAAAGUAAUUCUGGCAUCUCUUUUGAUUCAGUUGAUACUUAUGGACAAGAAGAGUCACCUCAUGUCUCCACAUUUCGGAAUUCCGUUAUGUUAAGAGAGUAUCAAGCGCCAGAGUGUGGAAAGUGUGAGGAGCAGGAGACAAGUGUAAUGUACCACACGGCUUUUGACGGGAUGGCACUAAGGAGUAGUCCUCUUGACCACCAGGCAUCUCCGUCUGAGAGUGGUUUCUUUAACCCUCAGAAAGCAUUAAAAACUAGAGUUUAUCCUGGCAAAAUGAAAUCUCAACUAGCUGAAAGUAAAGAUUUUGGUGGAAAUUCAGUUGUUGAGAACAGAAUGUUACAGCACCUUGAAAAUCCAAGCACGUUACCACAGGACAGAGACUUAGAGACACGACUCGUGAAGACGCAGCCCCGUAAAGAUUGUCAGACUUCCUGGACCUCUAUUUUUGAUGAUUCAGCAGUUUCCGCCUCUGGGCAUUCGCAUUGUAAAAGCCUACAAAACACCCCUAACCCAGCUCUAGAUUCUUCUGUUAGUCUGCCAAGGUCUGCAAGCAGGGGUAACCAGGCAGUAGAGGAAGGUGGCUGUCCAAAGAUGGCCAGUGGCAGUGCUGCACAUCAGGCGCGCUCUCACGUCGCAGAAGCACCAUGUCCUGAAUCCAUGACAGAUGGGGCACGUUGUACAGUCACGGUUAACCAGACAGUGGAUGUUAGCACAGACUUUAGGGCUUGUUUCACAACCAGCAGGGCAACCAAUGCAGGAUCUUCUGUAGUAUCUACCUCAAGCAACACAGAGGUGACAAUGAUGAGUAAAAAGCGACCUGGCGAAUGGCGGAGGGAGAGACGGAGAAGCGUGGCUUGUGAUGCAGAUGCCCAGACGGCAGUGGCAAAAGGAUCUUUGGGGAAAUCUCUCUCGGUUGGGAGUUUAAAACCUAAUGGAAAUUUCCUAAAUGAGGAUUCCUUGGAAGUAAGGAAAGCAUUUGAUAUCACAGACUUAAGCAAACAUUCUGAAAGGUAAGUCAGAUGUAUCAGCUUGCAAAUACAGGCGGAGAAGACUUUGCCAUCAAAGUGCUGUGAGCAGAUAAUGCAGAGAGCUGUCCAAGCGGAGUCGCACCUUUUAAAUGUUCACUAUCAGAUGUGUCAUCAGCAUUGCAGUGACAUUUACAAACUCCUCAUGGAUAAUAGGGAAGUAUUAGAUAGGAGCUUAUCGAGUAAUUCUACCAAGAAGGAGUUAGGAUCAGCCCUGCGGUCAGUUUUGGGAGAUUUGAAAGUUAGGUAUGUGAACUUGAAAGAAAAGAUAAACAAGGGUGUACCUCUAGAAGAGCUGCCGCCACUGUCACUGGAGUCAAAAUUGCUGUCGGCCUUCUCCACCUUUGCUUCCAGGUUAAUGAAAAAAGAAUCACAUGUCUUUUCAGGAGACGAUUCUGAACGAGAUCAUCAAAGUACACAUGAUGUUGAUGUUUCUUCGAGUCUAAAAACAGCACACUCUCAAGCUUCUGUGUCGUCUGACGGCGGUUGUCCUGAACAAGACGUGGCACCCACGGAGGCCGUGCUGCAACGUGCUGAUACAGAUGCAGGCCUCAGUCGGCUAAGACUUGAGGGUGAAGACAGCAGAAAUUACAGAGAAAUAAGUGAAGACUGGUUUGAUGCUAAAGAGAACCUGACCGGAGCUGACUUCCCAAGAGAGCAGGAAAGUCAGAUAGAACAAGACAUCGGGGACCCGGCGUCUACACAAGAGAGGAAGAGUGCUGAAGCCUUACCGAGAGACGAAGGUUACUUGGUGCAUGUUGGUGGUCUCUGCCCCUCCUUGUCUGAGGCUGACUUAAGGUCUCAUUUCCAGAAAUACGAAAUUUCUGACAUUUCAAUUUACGAUUCUUCUCCUAAUUACAGAUAUGCAUCUCUUGCUUUAAAAAAAAAUGAUGAUGCAAAGAUGGCUGUGAAAGAAAUGAAUGAUAUAGAAAUAAAUGGAAAAUCGGUGAAUGUUUGGCUUGUCAAAACUCCUGCAGAAUGCACAUCACCACUUUCCUCCAAAAAUGGAAAUAAAGUUAGUUUCAAUAAUCUGGAGAAAAGCAUCAGCAAAGAAAUCAACUCAGCCUCCUCUCUUUCCAGAUUGCCCAGAACUAGGCCAAGGCAUCUGGGAUCUGAGCAAGACAGUGAGUUUUUCCCUUUUGACCAAAAGGGUGUCAAGAAGAAUUGUAAACAGAUUGAAUCUGCUAAAUUAUUACCUGAUACACCUAUUCAAUUCAUACCUCCAAAUACAUUGAACCUGCGUAGCCUUACCAAGAUCAUGAAGAGGCUGACUGAACUAUAUCCAGAAGUUAGCAGAGACCGUAUUAUAGAUGCUCUGCAGGAAGUAAGACUAAAUCAUCGCGGUUUCCUGCACGGCUUAUCUAUUAGCACUAUUGUGGAAAUGACUUCUUCUGUUUUGGAAAACUAUGCUUCCAAAAGCAGUAAGAGGGAAGUGCGGUGGAAACCUCAGUGAGGUAAGACCUCACGGCCCUGGGGACGGCAGUCAUCCCACUGACAACAGAGAAGCGUUGAGGAGGAUGUGGGACAAGAGGAAGCACCACGCUGCCGCUGCGGGGACUGCGGGGACGGGAGGCAGUGCGGCCGCUGUGGAGACGGCGUGGCAGUUCCUCGGCUCUUUAAACUAGAGUUAUCAUGUGGCCCGACAAGUCCACCUCUGAGUGCUUACUGGGUUGAGUGAUACGCUUGGCCAAGAGCUGGGACUUAAUGGUAAAUAUAUAUACUUCUCCUGUCGCAUCGUACUCAUGUGAUAAGUGAAUGUAAUGACAACGCUUGGUUUAGUGGUCAGUGCACUGAUAACUACACUUUUCUGGAAUUUUGGAUUUAGCCUAACCAGCACAUUUUAUUGUUGAUUCCUUCUUUUCUUGACCCGUAGAAUGUCCUUGGAAAGCUGAGUUCCGUCCUACAAAGAAUGUUCUACAGCACUUAGGAAAAAGUUGUGGUCACAGCAAGAUGGCGGGAUUAAAUAAGUUUGAUAAAUGGAUUUAGCUGUUUAUAAUAAUCUGCUUGGUAUAGCCCUCUCUUUAUACCUAGCAACUGUUGUUUCUACACUAUAAUGAUUUUCUCUGUAUAAAAUAAAAGGAUAAAAUUUAAUACUUAUAAUCCUUAUAUUUCAAACUUGCCACUUAGCGACUUGAAGCUGCAUAUUUUGGACCAGAAACAAAGGUGAGGUCAAUUUUUAAAAUCUGUGUUAAAUCAGUUUUUAAAAUAUUGACCAAGAAAAGGUUUAUUAUUAUUUCAGUUUUCAAAGUGAUUUCCAUCCAUGAAAACUGUAAUUUACCUGAAGUCCUUAGUUCUGGUUUUCAGUUGUCUUAAGGCUCUUACAUUGCACGAUAGGAUUAAUAGAUAAACUGAAUCCUCGUUACACAUUUUGGAAUACGUGUUUUUUAAGCUUCCAAGGUAAUGAAAUUGGUGUUGUGAUACAUUUAGACGUAUUUUCCCAGUUUUCACUAGGAAGAAGGAACCCCUUCCAGUGCUUUGGUAAAGUACUUACAUGUAGAAGGUCACCCGACUGAGUGCGUUCCUGUUGUGAUAAGUUCUGUUAGGUUAGGUUAGAGUGUAAGUUGGAACUCUUUUCAAAACCUACCUCUGUGCUUUAUCUGAUAACAUAAACUUCUGUAAUUGCUUUCCUUUAGCAUACUGUUUAAAGCUGGAGUUUUACUGCUAAUAAGAUGAACAUUUAAUUGUGCAUUUUCUUCUUCAGAUGUUUAGAGCACUCAAUGUUUAGUUGGUAUUGUUUUAUUAAA